GUCAGUUGGUUACCAUCCUGAGCAGACGACGGACGUGUAUUAUUUUUUGUCAGACAGUGAUUGAGCUUUAUAUUCAGGAUUAUUUCACAUUUCAAUAUCAAGAUGACUCUUGGGGAAACAGAGCUGCCAUACCACGACAUUGAUGGUGAUUUUAUUGGAGAUGAUGCGGUGAUGGAAGCCGGUUAUGCCUUGCGAGAGGUAUUGAUUCGAGCAAAGAUGGAGAAUAGAUUAACCUGUGGGGUUUAUCAAGCAGCAAGAAAACUAGAAACAUCACCAGAGAGGGUAAUGCUAUGCAUCCACGCAGACCUUGGUAUCGUGGACGUGGCUCAUCAGCUACACUUUGCUUUGUUAGAAGCAUUCUGCAGUGAAAACCAGAUCAGAUUAUUCAAGGUUGGUGACACGGCACCUUUAGAAACAAUCUGCGAAGGAGCGGCGCCCCUUACUCCAUGUACACCGACCACACCCGAUUCUCCGGCUGAUUUCAGUGAUCUAGCAGAGCCCCUUCCUCGCAGCCAGAGGACACCUGACUUUACUUGCGUUCUUGUCGAGUUUCCAGAGAAGAUGGAUUCGACUUGCACAACGCUUUUUUCACUCUAUGACCAUCUCGCCGAGGACAUGACAUUCCCACAGAUCACCUUGGCAACUUGAUUUGAAUGUCAACAAAAUCAAAAGGUGACCGGUCUUGGACGGAAGUUCACCGAAAAAAAAAAAUCAUCGAUGAUAUUAGCUCUCCAGUAUAUCAUAGAACUAUGGGUUACAAUGAUACUGGCAAGGACACUAUGCUAUUGCGUGGAUAAACGGACUUUGACAGAAAUUAAGAAUGUUUACCUACUUUGCAAGAGGUGAUUUCUGGUGCCUGAGGGCAUGAUGUCAUAAUAAACGAUUACUGUGACGUCACAAAGGAUAAUAGUGAUGACAUGAUAAAGGAAUAUGGUAUAUCACUGCCUGUCAGUGCCAUAGUUCAAAGAAGAACACGUUUGAUAUCAUCUUCUGAAAAGUGUAUAUUAUAAUUAUUGCAUGAGCGUGAUGCUGAAACGGGGAAAAAAGAAAUGGGUUUUAGUAUGAUACAUUAUAUAUAUAUCAAUAUUAUGUAUAUGCCAAAAAAAGUUUACAAUGAAAACAAAGAAACUUGAAAAUAAAAAAAAACAGAAAUAAGAAAAAAAAUGAAUAAUAUGUAUACUUGCAUGAAUUCUAUUUUAUGUUUCAAGCUAAAUGAUAAUUUGAAGUAUAAAUCAGUGGUGGAUCCAGGGUGAACAUCCAUGCCACCCCCCCCCUACUUUGAGAGCCAGAACAAAUAUUUGUAAUGCAAAGUGUGCAUACACAAGUGAAGACUUUUUGGGGGGGGGCGGUCAUCAAAUUUUUCUGAACAUAAUGUUAAUGCCCCCCCCUUUGAAAAUCCUGAAUCCGCCCCUGGUGUAAAUUGGAAUGAGUAAAAAAAGAACCUCAAGCAGUGUGUUUUUAGUGGCUAAGCUAAGACAGAGGGUGAGAGGAAUAAGACACUACAAAUGGAUUGGGUCCUGGUUUCAUGAAGAAUUAAUUACAAAGGCAUAUGUGAUGCCAUUUUUUGUGUGUAAUACACAUAAAUGCAUGUAUAUAAUUAUAUUUCAAUGCUAUUUAUUAUGAAUUUGUUAAUUACUUAGUUUCGCUUAUGUUAGAAUUAUUAACGAUAAAUGAAAUGUUAAGCAUGGCUGGUCCAUGUCAUGAUGAUAACUUUGCAUUAUGUAAAAAGUUGUGAAAAUAUAUUUAAGUUCUUAAAUAAUACUAGUUGUUUUAUUUAUUAAUCUGUUUUUAUUUUCAUUUUCCUAGAUUAAAAAAAAACCAUCAUUGAUAGAAGAAAUAAUUAAUUGUUUUCUCCAAUGUAAAAACAUUCAGUUGGCCUUGAAGUUGAUGACUAGUAGGCUGAAAAAAAUUUGAAUUUAUUGAUAAAAGUAAAGUUGAAAAUUUAUGACACUCUAAUGAUGAGGCAGCGGGAAUGGAUGUUAUUUCUUGGUUUAUUAUUAUUCACUUAAUGUUAAAUUGGUUUUGAUCUGUAGCAAUGUAUACGCUAAAAAAUUAUCACAAGAAUUAGGAAUUCUACCAUCAUUAUUGCCAUUAUUAUUAUUAUUGACUUUAUUUUGCCAUAUUUUAUCAACUCAUUAAACUACACGUAUUGUGCUUUUUAGUUAAGGUAAUCUGGGUACUACCAAUUCCGGUCGAAGGGCAUUUCUGUACAUAGUUGGAGCUUUGAUUUCCCUCCAUAUUUAUCUAUUAUAAUGUAAAUAAAUUCAUGAAUUGCAUGUUGUACAUGUACAAAUCUUAUAAGAUUAUAUAAUCGUUGUGGUUAAUACAUUGUUCAAAUACUGUAUUGGAGUUUUAUCCAAAUAUUUAGUAUUCAACUUAAUCCAUGCAGGUUUAGAAUCAUCUAUAGAGAAUACUGCUUUAUAGAGUGUGUGACUAAUAUGUAUCUUCCGGUACAAUAAAUGUUUUAUAAAUAUUGUAUAUAUGAAUCCAAUAUAAAGUGCAAAUGUGCUUAAAGAAAAUAAAUUAAGAAUGAAACCAUA